AUGGCGGAUACCGAGGAGCCGCAGUUCAACACGCUCGCCGAGAGGAUCGCUGCCCUCAACAAGCAGAAGAACUUCAACGGUUCCGACGCCCCGCGAAAGAAACCACCGCCCCCAGCCCCUCCUAUUCGCAGCACCAAUGGCUCAACCCCGUCACAUCAUCAGGUGAACCCGACGGUGCCUCCGAGACCGAAUCGAAACAACCCGCCGCCUCUGCCUCGGCGUGACACCCAGUCUUCCACCGCCUCAGGCGGCGAUGGGGCCCAUCAACCGAACGGCAGUCGACAGGCGCCCCCUCCGCUGCCUUCACGAAUAUCGUCGUCGGCGUCACCGUCUCCAGCGCAAGUCCCUCGCCGUGCUUCGACCCAGUCCGGCUUGUUGACUGCCCGGCGCAAUUCGGCCUCCUCUGAAAUAUCCCAGCACUCAACAUUGUCGUCCGUGUCCAUCGGGCAUGCCUCGUCUGCUUCGAGUUACGGCUCCAAUGGCGGUGCAGGCCGCAAGAUGGCUCCCGCUUUCGACCCUUCCAGCUUACCCCCGCUUCCCCCCACCAGGCGGGAGCUCGAGGCCAAGGCAAAGGAGGCCGCUGCCGCCGAGGCGGUAGAGAAGGACGCUCGAGCUAAAGAAUAUGCGGCAAAACAAGCAGCCAAACCCAAGACACCACAACCAUCCGCGACACUAGCCAUUCCUUCGAGACCUACCCUGCCGCCGCGGUUGCCCUCGAGGCCUGCGAAAUCACCGAAUCCUCCCGUACCAGCCACUACUAGGACGGAGUCGGAAGAAGACACCAAGCCGGCCCCACGCAAGUUGCCUCCUAUCCGGGGCUUCAGUAGCGGGCAGUCGACAACGGACCGUCCACCCAUUCCAACUCGACCAUCUGCGUCGGCGAACGAUGAUGCGCCACCACCGAUUCCUGUCGCAUCGCGACCGUCGGCAGCCCAAAUCGAUGCGGCCUCAUCCAGGACUGCGGAGCCGCCCAAGCCGCUGAAUGACUGUUGGGUAUGUCGUGAUUGGAGCGCUGCGGAUGGCGUGGCGGCUCAGUUCCCGAGACAGUCACUUCCACGGAACGAUCCUGUGGGACAUUUGGCGCGUGGUCUUUGCGAUCCCUUCCCGUCCUACACGGAUAAGGCACGCGCCAUCUUUACUUGGUUCCACCACAACAUCUUCUACGAUACCGUAGCCUUUUUCGGCAAUAAUGUGCGGCACAUGUCUGUCGAAGAGACAAUUUUCAGUGGCAAGGCUGUCUGCCAGGGAUACGCGGAGACAUACAAGGCCAUUGCCAACCGCGCGGGCUUGGAGUGCGUCGUCGUCGGUGGCCAUGGCAAGGGGUUCGGGCACACGCCUCUGAAGAAAGGGGAGCGCCCGCCUCCGCCCAAGCCUGACGGCCAUGCGUGGAACGCGGUGCGCAUAGAUGGCGGUGUGUGGAAGCUGCUAGACGCUUGCUGGGGUGCUGGCCAUAUUUGUGGCGCCAACAACCUCUACAAACAGGAGUUUUCACCAAAGGAAUUCACUAGCAGCAACGAGAGCUUUGGUUUGCGACACUUCCCCAGCAAUCCAAGCUACCAGUAUCGAAGCGAUGGGCGUGUGGUCUCCUGGGAAGAAUAUUAUAGAGGCCGAGUGGAUGGCGAGCCGCCAGUCUUCUACACCAACGGUCAUCAGGAAGGCAUAGCGGAGGAGAGCGUGGAACCGAAAGAGGCGGAUAUCGCCAUAUACAGCAGCCAGGUGGUCCGAUUUCAAUUCUCCAAAAUCUGCGAGCACUGGACGUCGGAGAAGGAUGGGCUGGGGAAGCCCCCGCUCCUGCUACUCAGCAUUCACGGCGUCGACGGGCGCAAGGAUGAGAUGGUGCCCAUCGAGACCAAUGGCUACUGGCACUGGAUAGACGUAAAUGCUCGGGAUUUGGGGGCGCCGGGCCAGUCCGUGCAAGUCGCGAUGCUGACCAGCAUCGAUGGACAGGACGGUCGGGGUGUGACAGCCAAGGAGUUCUUGGCUAAGAAGGGCCGCGUGGGCAUGGCAUGGGCAUACAUCUUGAAGUGGAACUUGGUUUGA